GCCUGCAGCAGCAGCCACACUGAGGCAGGAGGCACAGGCAACCCAGUGCUGACGGAAGGAGGGAGACCCCAGCAAGAUGGCUCCAGAUAAAAUGUUGGCCGUGCAUUUUGACAAGCCAGGAGGACCGGAAAACCUCUACGUGAAGGAGGUAGCCAAGCCAAGCCCAGGGGAAGGUGAAGUCCUCCUAAAGGUGGCAGCCAGUGCCCUGAACCGGGCAGACUUACUGCAGAGACAAGGCCAGUAUUCCCCGCCCCCAGGAGCCAGCAACAUUUUGGGACUCGAGGCAUCUGGACACGUGGCAGAGUUGGGGCCUGGCUGCCAGGGACACUGGAAGAUCGGGGAUGCAGCCAUGGCUCUGCUGCCUGGUGGGGGCCAGGCUCAGUACGUCACUGUCCCCGAGGGGCUCCUCAUGCCUAUCCCAGAGGGACUGACCCUGCCCCAGGCUGCAGCCAUCCCAGAGGCCUGGCUCACCGCCUUCCAGCUGCUGCAUUGUGUGGGAGGAGUUCGAGAGGCAGAGACCGUGCUUAUUCACGCCGGCACAGGAGGUGUGGGUACCGCUGCCAUCCAGCUGACCAGGCUGUUCAACGCCAUCCCCCUGGUGACCACGAGCUCCAAGGAGAACAUCCAACUGGCAGAAGGGCUGGGUGCUGCAGCUGGGUUCGAUUAUAAGAAGGAGGACUUCUCUGAGGGGGCUCUGAAGGCCACACAGGGUGUGGGUGUCAAUGUGAUCCUCGACUGCAUUGGUGGCUCCUACUGGGAGAAGAACCUCCACUGUUUGGCUGCAGAUGGCCGAUGGGUUCUGUAUGGUCUCAUGGGGGGAGCAGAAGUCAACGGACCCCUGCUUUCCAAGCUGUUGUGUAAGCGCGGAAGUCUGCGGGCCAGUCUGCUGAGGUCCAGGGAUCGGAAGUACAAGGAAACAUUGGUGAAGACCUUCACAGAGCAAGUCCUGGCCCACUUCUCCCCCGGUAGUGCUGUGCAGCUGCAGCCUGUUGUGGAUAAAGUCUUCACUAUGGCUGAGAUUCAGAAGGCCCACGCUCGCAUGGAGGCCAACCAGAACGUGGGGAAAAUUAUCCUGGAGAUGCCCUAACUUGAACACGGUGUGGCUGAUGAGGGACACCGGGCCAAGGAGAACUGUCAGGGAUAGAGCCG